AAGCCCUAUUUAUCCUUCUUUUUCCACCAUUAUAUACCCUCUUCCUUGUCUUUCUCCCUCAACCGUAACACUUCAUUUUCUCUCUCUACACUCCAUCCACCUCUCUCUCCUACUUCACUCUAACAUAGCCAAAACAUUUUCUGUUCUUUUCUUAUUUUUCUCUAGAACCCUAAAUGGAGGAAUGCAACAACAAGAAGCGAGUUCGGGACGACUCGGACACCGAGUCGCCCGAGUCCAAGAUUCCUCGAGUUGACUCGCCCGUUUCUCAGCUCACCCGGGUUAACUCAGCCGAGUCGUGCGAGGAAUCGGGAGGAUGGGAACUCGUCCGGAUCGAAUCAGAGAACUCGGUGGUUGAGGAGCUCCACGGUGAAAUCCUCAACAUUCUUGACGAUAUGGACAAUGUGGCGGAGCGUGACUCAACCUUCCAAGGCCUUGACUCCGUCAUCAAGAGCUUCGAGGAAGAAAUACUCGCACCGGGUCAAGAUUCGAACCCGGUUCCCGAAUUCGGGGAUUUCAUUCCGAACUUGGGAUAUCUCUUGGAGGCAUCGGAUGACGAACUAGGGCUGCCGCCGACGGUAACACCGAACGAGGAGGUUAAGCCUGAAAUCGAAGAAUCGGGUCGGGUUGGUCCGGACGGAUUGGACCUAACCGGAUUUCUAGGGAUUGAAGAUGAUUUCAGGGGAUACGAAGCAUUUGGGUUUGGUAAUGGUGGGUUGGUGGACUACGAUGACAGCGAAAACGGUUACGUAAUGAUAGACGGGUUGUUUGAUUAUGCUGAUACGACGGAUAUUUUAUGGCGGCCGGAGUCGUUGCAGGCCAUGUAAGGGUUUUUCCGGUGUGGCGAGGUUUUGGGGGUAGUCUCGCCGGAAAGGUGGAACAUGUAAAUCUUAAUUAAUGGAUGGUUUUAGGCAGCACAGAAAACCUUAGGAUGGUAGAGAAUUUUGGACCUGUAAAAAUUUGUUCUUUACAUCUUUUGGUUUGUUUAAUUAAUUGAUUAAUUCAACUGGGACGGAGAGUACACUGGUUUUGACUUAAUCGGUAAUUACACUA